GCGGCGGAGGAACCGAAAGCGACAGCAGAAUCCCUGGCGAUAAGUAUAACGAGAAAUAGUGGUCGUAAAAUGAGGAAAUUCAAUGCCAAAUAACUCAGAACAGGCUGUCGUGAAAGGAAAAUCGUAUUUUGGUGUUCCGUUUUUUUUUAUAUCUAUAAAUUUGGCGUGGACUGGGGUAAGGCACCUCCCUGCCCGCUCUGCGCCGGGGUGUGUGCGUGUUUCUCGGUUAGGCUUCAUCGCAUCACCGCGCUGCAGUGAGUUACUGGAGCCGAACUGAGGUGCCACGCCGCCGGUUACAGCUGCUCUGCGCCGUCCGCCGAUACUAUGUCAAAAACAGAGAGAGACAAAGUAACACUGCGAAUCAAUCCUCCUGAGCUAUGCAAUCAGAAAAAUGUCAACUUUGCUCUCUAACAGCUGUGAUUUGUAACCAUAAAGAAGUGCAAGUGUGCCGAACAAUAUAGGAGAGCGAUUUUUGUGCCUCUUAUUAAAAAGCCUUGAAGAGCAGCUCAAUAGGCAGCCCGCAUGGAACGAGCAGGAAGCAUCCAACUUGAUAUUCCGGACUUCAGCAACUCCGUCCUGUCGCAUCUGAACCAGUUGCGAAUACAGGGCCGUCUAUGUGACAUCGUGGUCAAUGUUCAGGGCCAUAGUUUUCGUGCCCACAAGGUGGUCCUCGCCGCCAGCUCCCCCUACUUCAGGGACCACAUGUCACUGAGCGAGAUGAGCACCGUCUCCAUAUCAGUGAUCCGCAACCCAACCGUGUUCGAGCAGCUCCUUUCAUUUUGCUACACGGGACGCUUGUGCUUGCAGCUCGCCGAUAUCAUUAGCUACCUGACGGCUGCCAGCUUCCUUCAGAUGCAGCACAUUAUUGACCGUUGCACCCAGAUUUUAGAGGGAAUCCACUUUAAAAUCAGUUUGUCAGAUGUGGAAGAGGAGCUUGGGAACGGGGCCCACAGGACCGCCAACCCGACCACUGAGUCAGGAAGAGGUGGAACCGUGUUAGGUGGGUCCCGCUCCCUAAGUCCCAGACAUACCAGUUCCCGAUUGAUUGGCAACACUGGGGUGAUCAGCAUCCGUGAUGUGAGGGAAGUCAGAGAGAUCAGUCCCCCUGGGGAGUCCAUGAGCCCCCAGAUAGUGGAGCACAGUGGCAUUGGCUCGGAGGAGGUGGGAACUGGGAAAGAGCCCAUUCUCCGUAUUAACCGAGCCGGACAGUGGUAUGUCGAGACUGGGACUGAGGUGGAGAGAGGUGGAGAGGAGAACGUGCAGAUGGUGGAUGGGUUUCGGAUUAAGACUGAAAGGAUGGAUGAGUGGAUGGGGGCGGAGACCCAGGCAUCAGCGGAGGAGGGCAGUGGGGCCGAGGAAGGGCCGACGGUCAUGAUUGACACCUCAGGACGUAGUACACUGGUGCAGGAAGGAAGAAGAGGUGGGAAAAGCUCCCAGCCGUCCAGUAGCUUCAGUGAAACAGAGAGGUUUAGUCCAACAGGAAGUCUGGUUGUGAUGGGUGAUCGCAAGAGAGCCAAGAGUGAGUCUCCAGGAAGAGUUGACGAUCAGCGACACCCCACCUCACAGGGAGAGGAACAAGCCGUGUUUGACAUGGGGGGAUACGAGGAGUACCUUCGAGAACAGGUUGGUGACCGGUGGUUCCGCUACAACCCCCGUCUCACCUGCAUUUACUGCUGCAAGUCCUUCAACCAGAAGGGCAGCCUAGAUCGCCACAUGCGCCUGCACAUGGGCAUUACUCCCUUCGUUUGCCGAAUCUGUGGGAAGAAGUACACCCGCAAGGACCAACUCGAGUACCACAUCCGUAAACAUACAGGUAACAAGCCUUUCCAUUGCCAUGUCUGUGGCAAGAGCUUCCCGUUCCAGGCAAUCCUCAACCAGCACUUCCGCAAGAACCAUCCAGGCUGCGCCCCACAGGAGGUGUCCCACAGUGCCUCACCCGAGACCACCACGGUCACCUCCCGUGGAGGCCAAAAUGAAGAUGAGUCCCCUUCCCAGGAGGAUGCCGAGGGCAAUGGUGGAGGGGGAGGUGCUGGCUCAUCCUUCGGAGAAGGGGUCCAACCUUCGGUAUCUACCACUGGGCCCGACUGAAAGGCUUUGUAGGAAAACGUUACAAGUUUAGGGAGACACAGGACAGAGGGGUCCAACAGGACCUUCUCUUUAGAGUUCCUCUGUCCUUUGUCUCCCGCCAUCCACACUGAUAUUGCAAGUUGGAAGGAGUUGAGUGAGCAGGAGUUUCUCUCAGCUGCUGUCAAUGAGGAACGGAUAAAAUAAGGGAGAGUCUUCUGCGUCCUACUCGGACAGAGAACCUCUAUUUUUUCCAGUGAGAACAAAGAUGCAAGGAACAAUUUGUUUGGAAUAGUAUUCUCUAGGGAUUUAUAAAUGGUAUUUCCGCUUUAAACCGCAUCUACCUUCACCAUACAAACUGAACAGGACAUCAAUAUAUGAAGACAAGCCACACUCCAACAACCUCACACACCACUGGAUGCAGUGAUUUUUGUUUUCUUUUUUUCUUUUUAGUCUUUCCUGUCUUUUAUAUGUUACAUUUUUUUUGUAGUUUUGUACUACUACAGAUCUUUCAGGAUAAACUAAAAGAGAAGAUCUA